AAGACGAUUACUAAAACACUUAAUAAUAAUUCAAGAGAAAUUUUUGAAACUUACAAUCAAAAAAAGCACAGUAAACUUCUUGAAAUAAACUUUACGCAACGCAAAGAACCAAAAAAAUAGCAUAAUAAAUUGGUUAAACAUAAAAAGUUCCUUUCUCCUUCUAUUACUUUACUGUAACCCCAUAAAACGAACCGGUUAGGUAAAUUUAAGAAAACAGUUCAGUUUCAGUUGAAAAUUUGAACCAGAAGAGAGAAUGUGCCUUCGGUCUGAAUAAUUAAUAAAAAGUUCCUUUUUAAAAGAGUCACCAUGGUAUCGCGAAACUUUAUCGUUUUGUGUUUAUUAAUUCUCGUCGUUUCCACUCAAGCAAAUGACCAAACCACCAAACGGGAUAAACGAACCGUCGAUUUGUUCCUCCGUGGAGUCGGCGAUGUCUUUGGAUACGACGUUAUCAGAAGAGUAUCAAGUCCUCAAAUUUUACGACAAGUCGCAACAACUCCAAGACCAACGUUUUUCCCGCCAGCAGUUGGGCCACUACCUUCAGGAAGCUAUUCCAGAAUUAUUUUACAAUUACAACAGCAACAAGAACAACAAAGACAACAAGAACAGAAUAAUUUAUUUGCUGCUCCAAUUAAUAAUGAUAAUAAUAGUAAAGAAAAUUUAGUUUUACCACAAGGUGCUAUUAUUCUUCCUCUUGCUUCUCUUUUAACUGCUCCAGUUGGGUCUCAAAAUGUACAAAGUUCUCAACAAACACAACAAUUACAACCACAACAAUUACAACCUCAGCAAUUACAACCUCAGCAAAUACAACCACAACAAUUACAACCACAACAAUUACAACCACAACAAUUACAACCACAACAAUUACAACCACAACAAUUACAACCACAACAAUUACAACCUCAGCAAAUACAACCACAACUAAUUCAAGUUCAACAACCACAACAACAACAAAAUGUAGCGGUACAAGGAGUUCAAUCUGGAGUUUCUCGUCAAAUAUCUUCGACAACAGCAAAACCGGAUUCGGCACAAAUUGGUUUGCCGUGGCAAAUUGUUGCUUUGGCACCUGUUAUAGGACAACAACAAGAAAAUGCUUUGGCUCAACAAAAUCAAGCUCAAAUUCCGGCUCCUCAACCAACAGCAUCUUUAACUCCAUCAGGAUUAAACGUAUCCUUCGAUUCGGGUCCAACGCGUUUAAAUCUUUUAGAAUCGCCAAGAUCGGAAGCGAUUAGAAGAACGUUUAAUUUAAAUUUGAACUGGAAUAGAGAUGUAGAACCCCCGAAUUCGGCCGCUUUAAUUCAAGUACCAAUUCAAGUCCAAACCACAAUUGCACCUCAACAACAAUUGCAACAAAUGCCUCAAUCGGCAGCUUUAAUAAAUCAACCGCAAAACCAAGAAGUUAAUUCUCAAAUAGAAAACUUUGAUGUUCCACCCCAAUCGAUUAACAAUCUUAAUAACCUUGCUAAUUUAAAUCAACUUAACGAGCCUUCCCAAAGAAAAUUAAACGCCGAUUUUAGACAAUCAAUAAGGAAGUUUUGGGAAACUUCCCCGUGGAGCGAAAAUUUAAGAAGUGAAGAUGGUAAAGAACAAGAUAACGCUCAAAAUUAUUUCGAUGAAUCGGAUAAUCCAAAAUCGGAGGAUAUUCAAGAGGAAGAACAAGAAAGUCGCGAAUCGAGUUCCGAAGAAACGAGUAACGAGGUGAGAAUGGAAGAGAGAACGACAUCGAGUUUUAGGGCACCGCAAAAAUUUAAAAGGAGAUACACGAAAGUUAAGAAAUCGGUUGAUGCGAUUAAGCGUGAAAAGAAAUCUUCGAAAUUCGUGCCAGAGGACGAAGAAAAACAAGUGAAAGGUUAUUAUAAACGAUUUGUUGUUUCUAGAAAAACUAGAGAUAUCGGAAGUAAAGAAGAAUACGAACCGAUGAAGUACACUAGGGAUGAAUACCAACAUAAUGACCCCUACACUAAAGACUUUUCGUAUUCCCCCCCGGAAGAGGACAAUAAAGAUAAACACGAAUUAGAACCCGAAAUGGAAAAAUUCGAUGUUGAAGCCGAUAUUCCUAAAAAGUCUAAGGUUCGCACUAAAGAAAGUAAAUCUGGUUUUAACAUCGUCAAGAUAACCAAGAAGACUAAAGUUAUUAAGGAAUAAAUUGUUUGUAUUUAUGAAUAUAUACUUUUAAGAAGUUGUUUAUUUUUGUUUGUUGUUAUUUAUUGCCUAUAUGUAUUAAUUGGUUGUUGGGGUGAAACGCAAUAAAGAUUUAUCUUUGUGUAA